AUGGGUAUCAUCUACAAUUUCAUAUCGAACAUCUGGACGGUACACCGUCCGGAGUUUGAAAAGGAGCAAGCUGUAGAGAAUGACAAACCCAUGGCUGCCUUGCCAACCAAAAAUGAGAUUGUUGAGUACUCCAAUACCGACUUGAAGACAAACGACGAAGCCCUGCAAAUUGGCGUAGCGAUUGCGGAGUCUACUUAUGCUGUUUCUGGAUGGGAUUGGUACUUUUUAAUGGCUACUUUGUUCUGUGUUUACUAUGUUUUCUCUAUGGACAAUCAGCUUAUUGCAGCAUCCUUUUUUUAUGUUUUCACCGGAGGUGUGCACAGCCAAAGAGCAUCAGACUACUCGACUGCAAGCGCUAUGCAGCUGGCUAUUGCAGGUGUAUCGAAGCUGGUGGUUGGUAAAGUGUCAGACAUUUAUGGCCGUUUUGCUGCUUCGUUUAUCCCUCUUUUUUUCUACUGCCUUGGGUGUCUUAUUAUGGCCGUCUCGCAGAAUCCUAAUAUGCUGCUUGCGGGUGACGCCAUUUACGCUGUCGGGAAUGGCAGCAUCAACAUGAUCAUGUGGAUUAUUCUCGCUGACUUUUUGUCUUCGCGAUUCCGCGCGCUCGGAUACGGUAUUGUAUCUUUGCCUAUUUUAAUUACUUUUGCUACGGCACCCAAGAUUCAGAACAAUCUUCUUGUUUUGGAAUCGGAUGGCGUAUCCUACAAGGAUCGCUGGCGCUGGACGUACGGCAUGUUUUGUAUCAUGAUUCCCUUUGUGAUGACUCCAAUGAUGUUUAUUAUGUGGAAGCUCGAGCGCAAAGCUAAGAGGUCCGGAAUUAUUCCUGUGCACCCGUACUUGCGAAAAGGUUUUUUCUACAGCUUGAAGCAAUUUUUCCUUGAUGCCGACAUUAUUGGAAUGAUUCUCAUCUUGGGUGGUUUCCUCAUGCUUUUGUUAGCGCUUACGCGUGGUGCUGAUGCCACUGUUGGGUGGUCCACGGGCUGGAUCAUUGCUCUUCUUACUGUCGGUGGCGUGCUUCUUGUUGCGACGCCAUUUUGGGAGGCUCUUGGUGCCCCCCGCCCAUUUAUGCGUCGCCGAUGGCUUAAUUCUGAUGUGGUUCUUACCCUUCUUUUGAUUUUCCUCGACUUUAUGACCUUUAGUAUCACCUUCCAAAUGGUAUUUGCCUGGGCCACGUACACGAUGAAAAUCGAUCCUUCAAAGCAAAAUUAUUACACCUUCACUGACACUGCAACGCUCACCGUGUUUGGUGUUGUUAUGGGCUUCCUUGUUCUGAUUACGAAGCGGUACAAACCGUGGAUCGUGUUUGGCGCCGCUGUUCGUCUGCUUGCAGUCGGUCUUAUGAUCAAAUACCGUAACAUUGGUACAACCUGGGUCCAAGCUGUCUGGCCGCAAGUCCUUUUGGGUAUUGGCGGUGCCUGCACUGGUGAGGUCCUUUCGAUUCCUGCACAAGUUACUGUGCGCCACCAAGAUGUUGCUAUGGUCACUGCUGCUGUGUUACUAUUUGGCAGUCUUGGACAAUCUAUUGGAGCAGCGACUUACGCUGCGAUUAUGAACUCGGAAUACCCUAAAAAGAUUCAGGACUUGGUUCCCCAUCUGACCAAGGACCAGGGACUGGUCAAGUACAACAGCCUUGCCACUAUUUACCUAAAUGGUGAUGCAGAUGCAAGCGGUGACACUUACGUACUUGCAUUCAACGAGGCUGCGGCGCAGGCGUUGUACUGCGCUAUUGGUAUUUGCGCUGUUAUGUUUGUCUUAACGUUUUUCCUGCGUGACUACGUCCUCACUCGCAGCCAGAAUGUCGUUAGUGACGAGCUGCCCGAGAAAAACCCCUUCCGUAUGGGAUCUGACAGGACGUAUGAAAAGGCGAUUACUAAGUUAGCGGACACUGAUCAUGCACCAUCGCCUCCCGAAUAUGCUGAACCUUCUGCUCGUGUGGUAGAGGUGAAUUACCCUGGAGAUAAUGCCGUUCACCAAGCUUGA